AUUGGGAAGUUAGAUGACAGUUUGUCCAUUGAUUGCACGAUUUGCAAUUAAUUUCUACUCAAUAUUCUGCUCUCCCUGUGAAGUUAUGCUACAAUGAAUACUCUACGUGAGUGCUGGAAUCUCCCUGGUGUGGCAUUGUGGUGAAGAGUUCCCUCAGAAGUGGUCAGGAAGAGUGAGAAAUAGAGAAAAUUCACGAAGGUGUUCCCAUGUUUUGAAAAUUUGCAUUUUUUCGAGCAUCAGGGCUUCCGCCCCGAAUGUUUUUUUUUUGGUGGAUUUUCUUUUGUGCGUGAAGUGUAGUUGUGCGGAAGAUGUCGUCAAAGUUGAAUGGGAUGAGUAGUACGGGGGAGAAGAAUAAAAAGUGGCAGCUGGAGCUGCUGAUGGAGCGUCUGCGGUCAAAGUCAUCCAAUAAAACGCUCCCGGAACUUGCAAAAUCCGUCCGGAUGGCGCUGUUGGAGAAGAGAUACGCCCUGGAUGCUGUGGAGAAGUCGAAUUUGCAAAAGUGCCUGGACAGCAUGCAGCACUGCAUUAAGGUGACAACACGUCAGGGUCUUGUGGAGCGUCUUGAGAGCCUCACACGGCAGUUGGGGUUAAAAUUCAUGGAGGAUACUUCGGGAUUGUUUAUUUCCUCCGAUAUGUUCUACCUGGAGAUUGUUCUGGACGACAGUGGAGCUGUUCAGGAUGUCAAAGUGCACCAUGAAUGCAAAAUUGAGCAGCAAUCCUGCAGUGAGCUCGUUAAUUGUCUCGUAAAUGGGGAUUUUGUGGACUUUACAACGCAACUUGAGGGCUUGGCAUCCAUCUACCAGCUAAAUGCUGAACCCAAGAUCAAGAGUAAAGCCUUCGUGGCACUGCAGGCACUCGAAACGGAUUUGUACAAUCUGUACAAGCUUCAGAGCUUCUACAAGGAUCCCGUGGCUUUGCUUCUUCAAUCAGCUGUGGGUAUUGUCCAGAAACGCCGUGGUGGGCAUUCAAUGAGGCUCACGUACUUUGUCUCUCCGUACGAAUUGCUGGAUCUCGAAGCUAAAUCCCUCACUCCACUCUCGGUGGAUGUAGUGCAUGCCCGGAAUAUCGGAACGAGUGUUACGGUAAACCUGGAAGCGUCAGCAUCGCAGAAACUUCAAGUUCAACCCAUUCUCACGGUUGAUCAGGACGGAGAGCCCAUCUAUGCCCCCCUAGCAACGCACAACUCCACAAUGCUACCAGCUAGCUUUGUGCUGACACUCAACCGGAAGAUGCCAAUAACGCUGGCGCUCGUGGAGCAAAUGACCCAAAUCACUCAGGUCACCUUUGGCCCAGACGCCACAACGGCUGAACCCCUGCUGAGGCUCAUUGCGCGAAAUGCCACCGAUGGGGAACUCGUGGGUGCCACUAAGGGGAUGUUUGUUACCCUUCCGGAUCAGAAUCACUGCUACUUCCUCACGGAGAGUGAAGCCCUGCGUGGUGUUGUUGUGACCAGUGUGCCAUUCACGGAGCCAGCGCAUGUGCCACAAAUCCUCAAACUCCUUCGGCAGCAAGCUCUCUUCAACACUCUCGUCUCCAGCUGCAUUCGUGCCAAUAGUCGUCAUGAUUUUGACAGCACCACCAUCUUUGAGGUUAGUGCCCUCACCUGUCAGCACAUCACGGUAUCCCUGGAGCAUCCGUACGACGAAACAAUGGCAACAGUUGAAUUCAAUCUCUCCGACGUAAUGGGCAUUCAGUGCAAAGUUUUCACUCCGGGAAAAUCCUACGAAACCCUCGCAGGAGCUCUCAGUCGUGUUGCCCAGAAGAGUCUCUCAAUUCCCGUAACAAUGCGCUCCCUGCUCAAGGCGUGGGACAAAGAGAAUACCCUGGGGCAGCGUUCCUUUGACACCACGGGAAAUUUUAACUUAGCCCUCGGUCCGGGAGAUCCAGGUGGUCAUGGUGGUGUAGGAGGGAGUGAUUUUGCGCAUGAUGCCACAAAGCCGACUGACCCAAAGACCACUCCAGGGGCAAGCAGAUCCCUUUUCUCCGCCCAAAGCGAUGCUGUGACGGAGAAUGAGGAGCCCCCAGGGGAUGAGGGAACAGAAGACGGGGCAAGUGGGGAUUUUCCCGAAGCGGAUUUGGAUGUUUUCGGAGCGGAAGCAGCUGCAGAAGCUCUCGGGGAUGGGAGUAGUGGUGGCGGUGCCUUCCAGGUGGUGACGGCAAGUGAUGGGAAUGGGAAGAGUACGAAGAAGCGACGUGUUGAGGAGGAUUUUUGGAAGAGCCCAAAGAGUAAUGUGCUGGACGAGAUGAGUGGCAGUGGCAGCAGUGACUCCAACUCUUUGGGCGCUGAUUCAGCCGAUGGAGUCACGGCGUCCAGCUGGCAUCAGCAAUCCGACGUGGAAGCCACAUCCUUCAACAUUAGUCCCGCACAGGACAUUGACGGAGUAUCUGGUGGUGAGGAUGAACUUGAUUCGGUUGACGGGACGAAGAAGGUGAAGAAACGAAGUCGCGAUGAGGCCAAUGAGAAGGGCUUGAUGCCGCCAUUUGUUAGUAUCACACCAAUUUCAACGGCACCCACGACAAAUUUUAGCUCCGUCCUUGCUGGUAUUGGCCUAGAUAGGCGUCCGGGUAUUGAGAUUAUCCCGCUGGGUGCGACGCAGAAUCUCUCAUCGAGCAUUACAAUAACACCCAUUAAUGCAGCAUCGAGUUCGCCGAAGGAGAAGAAAUCCUCAUCGUCGUCAUCGUCACGGAGUAAAUCAUCGGAUGAGAAGAGGUUGGAGAAGAAGAAGAAGCGGAAGCGUGAGGAUAGUCCAAUGGGCCCUCCGGAUGCACUCAAUAAGCCCGUUAGUGUGAGUAUUAAAGCAUCAGAUGGGGCACCAUUGUCCCCAUCGGGAUUAUUGAGGAAAUUCUCAUCGUCCUCGCCGAAGCAAUCAUCGAGUCCGGGGCAUCAGCAGAGCCCCAAACAUUCAGGGCAGAGCCCUAAGCAGUACUCAUCGGCAUCGCCGAAGCAUAGCAGUGGUGCGGGAUCGGGAAAGCCAAGUAUGUCCGCGUUGAAGUCUGCUACGAAUUCCCCGAAGAGCAGUGAGAAGAAAUCCUCAUCGGGAUCAUCGUCGAGCUCAUCUGGGUCACGGGAGAAGGGUGAGAAGAAGUCCAGCCGGAGUGAUAGUCCCAAAAUGAAGGCAUCUUCGGUGAAAUUGAAGCAAAUCGACUUGAGUUCAGCCUUUCAGCUGUCCGAUGCGGGGCUGCAGGAUCUCAAUAAAUCCUCACCGCCGAGUCAGUCGAAGAAUCGCAAAGGGUGCCUCAGUGCUGUGAUUGAUAAGCUAAAGUCGGCUCAAAAUCAAGUUGAUGAACCAGCCAAAGGUGGGGGCAAUGGGGGGAAGGAGAAAUCCCCGCCAAAGGGGGAUGGUGUCUCCCCACCAACGUCCUCGUCGUACAUGGUUAAGCCAAGUCUCGAUGGCAUGAAGAUCACCAUCAAUAAGACGCGCAAGGAGUCCUCACCGAAGACAUCCGACACGAAGGCACCCAGUUCCGGUGGCGGAAGUGGCUCCAAUUCACCCAAAACCCAUACAGGUCUCAAACCUGGUGUCAACAGUGGGCCAGCAUCGAAGAAAUCACAGCAACAGAAUUCCUCUACUUCCACGUCGAAAUCUUCCUCUUCAGACAACCGUCCCUCAUUCCAGAAAUCCAAUUCCUCCGGGAGCUUGUCCACGAAGAGUGGCAAUGGUGGUGGAUUCACAAAGACAAGCUCUGGGAGUGAUCUCUCAAAAGUUGCAGCAGCUACUGCCAAUCAUGCUGCGUCUGAGGUGACAAAGCAACGCCCUGAGAAGGCUAAAGCACCACCACCAUCGAGGAAUACCUUUGAGAGUGUCUUCCUUCAGGCAAAUCGCGAAGCGGAUGCAAUGAAGAAGUUGGGCUUUGCUGGAUCUUCCAUGGAGGGCUUUAUGAAGGCACUCGAUAAGAAAUUCCAAAUACCCAAACUCUCCGCUCGCUCAGCAUCCACGGAUGAGGUGAAAAAGGAAUCCCGUCCGGCUUCGUCGUCGUCUGCACCCACAACACCAAUCCCCCUCAUGAUGGCCUCCCCAACGGGUAGCAAUAGUGGCUCCGGGAGUUUUCCGGGUGUCACGAGCACAGGUGGUGGUGUGACAAAAGUCCUCGCCGACUACCUAUCAAAGGAACUGCCCAGCAAGUAUCCCUUCACAGCCAGCACGUCAUCCGGUUCGGCAACAUCACCGAAAUAUGGUGGAGUAUUUAGCACAGAAAUCUCCCUGGCAAAGAGUCUCAGUCAGGAUUCGCUGGUUUUCACCACCACCACUGGCCCCAAUCGUGAGUCCAGCGGUGUAAAAUCCAAUCCUUCCACACCCACAUCCCUCGUGACGUCUCCCUUUCCCUCUCCAGUGGCCAUUUCGCGUUCUUCAGCGGAUUCUCCUUCCGCACCGCGUGCCCUUGAAUCGGAUUCGAGUAAAUCCAGCCUCACAAAAGACUCAACGAAUUCCCCAUUGGCCACAAUGAGACCCCCCUCGGCACCACCUACUCCCAUCCAAAGUACUUCCACCGAUUCUGGGGCUCUGGACUUCUCCACCAGAGCACCACAAGCCACAAAGACAACCCCAACUACUUCCACUUUCCCACAAUCACCCAGUGUCUCCCUGCACAUUGUUAAAUCCCCAGUUCCUUCGCCUCUGGUCAUUCCAUCCCCGCAUUCGGGGUCACCAUGCAUCACGGAUGAUGAGUUAAUGGAUGAAGCACUCGUUGGGAUUAGUGGUAAAUGACACACCGCCAUCCUCUAUGCUCUUGUGGUGAUCUCAAUGGUCUGAAGAUCAGGUAAGGGGCAUUUGUGGGAUGCAUUCAGUGAUGCUACUCAAAAUUUAUACUCAGGAUCGUGGAACAAAGUCUAAAAGAAAGGAGUAUGAGGGAAGACGGUUCAAGCCAAUAGCAAGACUUUGUUCGUCGUUCAGUGAGUUCAAAAUUAAAACAAAUAUUCAAAUUAACUUUGCAUUGAAGCACCCACCAGUUUUCAAAGGAAUGUGGGUGGAGCUCUUGUUGAAAUAUAAAUGAAUAAGAAGAAGAACUAUAAGUUCUCUCUGAUUGGUUCAUAAUAAUUCAAACAGAAUUGUUCAUUGGUUGAUUCUCAAUCAGUUUGAGUGGAAUUUUGGUGCAAAGUUCAUUUGAAUAAUUAGUAGCGGCUGAAUCGAAAAAAACGUUAAAAUUUAAAUUCUUGAACAAAAGUAGCGUGAUCACUGAAGCAAAUAUAAGGUUAAUAAGAAAAAAAAACAUAUUUAUUAAAUAAAAACACUUUUCAAAUAGAAAAAGUACAAACAAAAAAUUAACAUUGUAGCAAUUUAAAGAAAAAUAUGAAUACAGUUUGUAAAAAAUCUUAAAAGUUUGUCAAAGAAAUUGUUUAAAAAACACGAAAAAUGACGUCAUACCUGCUUUGUUUUGUCACACUACAAGGAUGAAGAAUGAAAUAUUUUAAGACAGAAUUUUUUAAACUUUGACCUUUUGAUUUUCUUAUUUAUUUUUGUUUGUUUAUUUGAUUCAAAAAAUUACAAUUCUCAAGAUGGCUCCAUGUUUUGUUUUUUUUUUUAAAUCCUUGAUUGAUUCCGGUUUCUAACCUCAAAACUUUGAGCCUAAUUUUCUCUUUUCAAGCUUUCUUUCGACGAUCUUGAAGAAUGAAACUUUUCUACUCAUAUAUGUAGAAUUUAUCACGAAAAGUUAAAUAUGUAGGUAUUUAAUUUCUGUGGCCAGUAAAAUCCUUCAAGGAUUAAUCACGGCAAAACAACGAUUCAUAAACUACAAACUAUCAAAUCCUUACAAAAACUUUACAAAUAAAAGAAAAGAUUUUUGAUAGAAUUACUCCAAAAUAUUUUUUUUCUUUUUUUUUCUUUUUGUAAAAUUUUUGGAAUUACAUUUUUCAGUUUUUUGGGUUUCUUAUCAAAUUUUUCUGGGUCUAUCUAAUCGGAUUCAAUAAAUAAUUUAUUUCUUGACAAACUUUCAUGAUUUUCCCUUAACUUUCUCCAUGGAAAAAUAAGCAAAAUAAAAAAAAUAUUCUAACGAAUUGACUAAAAAUAGUCACAAAAUGGGAUGAAUAAAAAGUGGAAAGAUGUGCAUAUUUUGCAACAACAACAAAACGAUUGUAGGAAUUUUAAAGAGAUUCAAGAAAUAGUUUUUAAAGAAAAAAAUCAUAUUAAACCAUACAGUUAAGGAGAUAAAUAUUUAAAGUAGCCUGAAGAAAUUAUAAUAAAUCUCUGAUGAGUUGAACUCACAUUUAUUUAGUUUACUCGAGAAAAGAAAUCUGAAUGAAAUGAUUUUUUUUUUCAAUUAAUUUUUAGUAUUUUGCAGAGAAGAAAAUUUUAUUUUCGACAUGAUUUUUUUGAAUUAUUGCUUUUUAUUUAAAAAUUUUAAUUUAGCAAAAAUUUAGCUUAUUGGCUCAGAACAGAAGGCCGUGACUUUUGGUUGACGUCUUCGCGAAGCAACUUUUUGGAAGCGACUUUUUUGCGAAGACAUAACCUCAAAGCAACUUUUUUUUAUGCAAAAAAGUGAGAAAUACGGGGAAAAAUGCAUUGCAGUGCCCCCGGAGGGCUUCCCGUAUGCUCUUGAUGCAUUUUUCAGGUGAAAAUUCGCACAAUUCUUUUUUUUGUCACAAAAAUCUUUCGAGGCAACUUUUUUGGCACUUGGAGGCAACUUUUUGGAAGCGACUUUUUUGAGGAAACUUUUUGGAAGCGACUUUUUUGAGGAAACAUUUUUGAGGAAACUUUUUGGAAGCGACUUUUUUGAGGAAACAUAUCCUCAAA